AUGACGAAACAUCGUUCUGUAUCAGGAUCUCAGCAACCGUCUCGUCGACAUUCUCCUUCGACAGUGAACGGCGGCACAAAAACACACACAAAGAAGAAAACGAGUCCCAAUGGUCUAUCAGGUAGUAAAACUCCGCGAAAAUCGACGACCACAGUUAACGAACUCAAGGGACGAAAGUCACAAGCUACAAUUGGCGGAGUAAAACGCACUAAAUCUCAGUUAGGAAAAGAUCUGCAGAAGUCUGGAAAGUAUGGCAAUAGAGCAAGAGAUCAGUACGACGAAUCUCCACGUCCUUUAGCAAGAAAAGCCUCCUCACAUCAGUCUAUAGCAGAGAGACAGCGUCGAAAAAGUAAAACAACAGGCGGUGGUCAUUCGCGCAAGCAUAGAGAUGAGGAUGAUUACUUUGAGGACACCGAUGCAUACGACAAUGCUGCCUACGAAGCUGAUAAAAGAUCGGAAAUGUUACAAAGAGAAAGAGAGAGAGGCGGUGGCGGGUUUUACACAAAGAAAUUGCAAAGUAGUAGAAGGUAG